UUAAUGUGCUAUGUGUUUACUACAGCAUUAGUAAUAAGAGACCGCCUGUCUCUGCAAACUGUGAACUCAAUCACAAAAGAUAGCUCUUUAGUUUCCAUUAAAGAAGAGAACCUACAGUCCAACAUGCCCAAGAGAAAGGGAACCGAUGGUGAUGUCAAGGAGCCUUCAAGGAGAUCUGCACGGUUGUCAUCGAAACCAGUCCCUCCAAAACCCAAAAAGCCAGCUAAGAAAGAAAAAGUAGUAAAUGGCAAGAAGAAGGCGAAGGCAGCAGCGGUCAAGGAGCCUAAAGAGACCCAGACUGAAAAUGGCGAGACCAAGACAGACAAAGUAGAGACCCCAGAAGAGAAGACUGAGUAGCACUGCUCCCAUCCGUCCAAUUCCCUCCCUUGUAUGGCCCCCAUGUCUCAUGUGUUUUCCCUAAAACCUCCAUUACCUUAUCAGAGGAAUAUUUUUAUCAACAAUUUUUUAAUUAUUGGUACAGGUUUUUAGCACAAAACAAAGCUAAAUAUGGAGGAUUGUUCUGUUGUGCAGUGGUCAUAAAGUUUUUUUAAGCAAACAAUUACGGUUUUGGUUUUUUAUUAGUGUUGGUACCUUGUUGGGACUUCAAAAAAUAAUGCUGGAUGGCAGACUAAUUGCAAGUGGUAUAGUGUCAUAUUGUAGGUUCGUCAACUCAGAACAUUUCACUUUUGUAGGUGGUUGUAUUUUUACCCUUUUAUGUACAGUGUUUUUUCUUUGUUGGGGUUUACUUACUUUCAACUUGAUUUUACUGUAAGAGAAAUUACGUAAUUUUUUAAAACAUUCCAGGCUUAAAGGGCAAUUUUUCAACUUCAUAAUCUCCAGCACCACCCCAACAUCAACAUGUGAAAAUUGCGCGUUUCUAUGUUUUGUUGUAAAAAAAGAGUGGAAGAUUUUCCAAAGUGUUUCCAAUGACACCAUCGGUGUGCAUGGUGUGAUUUUAAGAAAUGAGUCGCCAUUGGCUACUAAUUGGACACUUAUCUCCCUCUGUCAUUUUUACUACAAAACAUAGAAACGCCCCAUUUUCACAUAUGUUGAUGUUGGGCUGGUGCUGGAGAUUAAGUAGAACAUUUUUGAAAUUUCCCUAAUGAUGUGGGCAUACAUGCUUUUGAAUAAUUUUGAUGACACAUUAUUUUAACGGAGGAAGAGGCUUGUUGGAAGUUGCUUAUGCUUUUUAAAAAACAUUUUGGGAUUUUAACACUGAAAAUUCAUCUAUCGAAAUAUGCAGCUGUGUUCCCACUGAAGUUCUGGAUGUUUAAUUGGAAUUUAAUAAAAUAGUAAUUAGAAUUUUCCUCAUGA